AUGGCGGACCUGCGCUUCUUCCAGCACUUUCUCGUCUGCGCGUACCCGCCAUUGCCCAUCGGCGGGUGGUCCGUCUGGCAGCUUGUGUCGCAAAUGUCACACGAGCACGACUUUCUGGCGCACGCGAUGCUCGGCCUCGGGGCGUCGCACCUCAGCGUGCUGGGGCCGACAAGAUACGUCCAGGACGCGCUGCAGCACCGUGUCGUCGCCAUCAGGCGCCUCAACGAGUUCCUCGCGCGCGGGCAGCAUUCGGUGUCCGAUGCCGUCGCCGCGUUUGCGGCCAUCCUGGUGCUGACCUACCAGGCGGCGCACAUGCCCGAUGGGCUGUACGACUUUCUCACCAUGAUGCGAGGGUGCUUCCUCGUGGGACCGAUGAUCGGGGAGGAGUUUCGGUCCUCGGUGUUUCAGACGAUUGAGCGCGAGUGGUACGUCGAGCGCGCCGUCGAGCUCGUGACACCGGAGGCGCACCACUUCCACGAACGGGGUCUGGCGGACGGCUUCUGUGCGAGCCUCGAGCAGUUGGGGCGGCUGUUACAGAGCGUCGCCGAGGUGGAGUACCUAGCUCUGAUGCGGCGGAUUGCCUCGUCCGUGGGCGACGACUUGGCCGAGAGCUACCGGCAGCACACCUUCCUGUACGAGAAGCUUGGCCACCUCACGGCCAACGAGUACGCCUCGUUCGUAAACCCGGGUAACCACGUCUCGCGGCUUAUCAUCAUGCACAUGCUGGUGCUGGACUGCAUCAUGGCCGGGCGUCUCGAGGGGAGCGACGAGAAGCGGCGGCCUGUGACGGCGACGCUGCACGACUACGACUCCCGCAACAUCAUGGUCUGCGUCUGGGUUGGGAACAUUUACGCGAACCUGCCGCGGGAGCUGCGGCAGUACGCGGAGUGGCCGGCGCGGUUUGCGCGCGACUUGAUGAACUUGAUUGACGCUGACACGAGCUGCUAG